CACUUUCCUACGAGCGGUAACUUCACCGAAGAGCGUUGUGCGCGCCCCUCCGCCUGUCGCCCACAACAGCCCGCAUCAUCAUCAUCAUCAACAUCAUCUUCAUCAUCAUCAGCGGAUACAGCAUCACCAGCAACAGCGUCAGUGUGAUGAAGAAGCGGAGGACGGAGACCCUCCUGUUCUGAGAUACUGGAUCAUCCCGCAGACAGGAAGAAAAACCUCCAGCAGAACCAGACUCAGGAAGGGCAGCCGUCUGCCUCAACAGGGAUCAGCAGGAUGACUGAGGUGAUUAACUCUUUGGAGCCAGGAACGGAGGACUUCAGUGGGGGAGGAGCAGGAGGAGACCAGGGUUCAAUCUUCCCAGAUACCCAUGAAAGGUAUCCAAAGCUGUCCAAGAGGCUUCCAUCUAUUGUGGUGGAGCCGAUAGAUGCAGCUGAGGUGGAGAGUGGUGAGCUCCGCUGGCCGCCAGAUGAACCCAGCUCCCCAGACGCCCAAACCGCAAGACGGACUCCAGACGAGCAAACUGCAGAGGAGAAGACGGAUGUUGGGGUGGAAGAAGAGGCUUCAGGGGUGGAGAUGCAGGACUCCAACUAACCAAACUCCUGUUAAAUCCACUGCUACUGUGAGUGUCCCCAGAUGUGGAUUAAUGAGAAACGAAAAGAGCACCUUGUGAAGAUACACAAGAUAAAGGAGACAUAGGAAGGAGGAUAAAGAAACAGAUUUCCAAACCCCAGCUCAUGGGCUUGGAGCCAGAGUUAUGUCACCACUUUCAGAACAAAUACAGACAAGGAGUUUUUCUUUUCUGCACACAUGUACGCUCUGACAUGUAAAUAAAAUGACGGGCAUCAUUCCUUUAUUCUCCCUCUUAUAUAUAUAUAGUAAAGCAUCUUUACAUUGAACGCGGACCACUCUAAAAA